AGUUUUAUACCUUUUUUUGCCGUUUAGGGCAAUGCAAGAUCCACUGGAUCGAAAGGUUAAAUUAAAAAAGAGAAAAACGAAAGAACAAUUAGGGUUUCGUAAGAACCCUAAAAAACCCAAUCCACUCUUUUAUUACGUCGGAUUCGUCCCCCUCGUAGCCGCGGUGGAGCUCCUCAAUCCAUCCGCUCCCUCGAAACCCUAAUUUUCGACGGUUGAGGACAUUUCACCGAAGUAUGGGUUGUUACUCGAAAGAAACUCAGAGAGAUGCUGAAAAUGAAGAAUAUAUAAAUGAGAACCAAGCGAUCUGUUUGCAUGUUUUUUCAGAUUUAACAAAUGUUUCACCUGCAGUAUUUAUAUAUCUGUUAAAGGAAUGCUACAUAUAUGGCACUCUUAAAGCAACUCGCAAGUUCAGAAUACUUCAGCAGCAGGUUCUAAGAGCUCUGCACAAUGCCCCCAGACCUGGUCCAUUCACUUUCGUUAUUCAAUGCCUGUAUCUUGUACCUAUAUUGGGACAUACUUAUUCUGAAGGGUUCAGUCACAUGCUAAUAUCUUGCUUACGGCAUUUUAAAGCUCUCGAAUCUGUCCAAAAAGAUUUUUCUGAUGCAAAACCGCUCGCUGCACAAUUAACCAUUGACAUUCUUUCUUGCAUUCUUAUGCAUGAGGAACGCAUACUUAUAAAACUGUUGGAAGCAUUUGAUGUUAAGUUGAAAGAUAUUGCGUACGCUUUACAUGGUUCUGAGUUGAACAAUGGAGAUAUAGACCAAACAAAGGUUUUUAUUGAAAACCAUAUCCGUGCCUUCACUGGGUCUCAAUCAUAUAUGACUGCUGUAAGCUUAGCAGAACAAUUCGCUGUCCAUUUGUCUGGGGAGUCUUUUCUUGUAGAAUUGAUAGAAGGUAAUCAAUUCAAAGCGGCAGAGAAGUGGGCUUCUUUUAUGGGGAAGCCUACAACUUGUUUACUUGUCCAGAAGUAUUUGGAAAUGAAGAUGCUGAAGAACGCUUAUGUGAUGAUAAAAGAGAACGAUCUUGUGGAGGAAUUCCCUGACGUGUAUUAUAUAUACAAAGAGAGUUUAUUGAAGAAACUGGCAGAGAAAGGUUGCUGGGACAUUGCAGAACAGAGGACCAAAAAAGACAAGAAACUUCUGGAGUACCUGGUAUACCUGGCUAUGGAAGCUGGUUACAAAGAGAAAGUUGAUGAGCUAUGCCAACGUUACUCCCUUGAAGGAUUUGUCAAGUCUUUGGUUUCUAAGGAGAUCUAUUCUGAGGCUGAUUACCUGGAUCUGAAUAAAUUGGUUUUGGAUGACAUUAUAUGGGUUGAUGAUAUUAAUGGGUUACUAGCUGCUACAGACUAUAUUGAAGGAUGUAAAAUUGUUGGGGUUGACUGUGAAUGGAAACCUAACUAUGAAAAGGGCAGUAAACCAAACAAGGUUUCCAUCAUGCAAAUCGCUUCAGAGAACAGAGCUUUCAUCUUUGAUUUAAUAAAGUUAUAUGAAGAUGAACCGAAGCUAUUAGACAGCUGCUUUAGGCGCAUUUUAUGCUCUUCUAACGUUCUAAAGCUCGGCUAUAACCUGCAAUGUGACCUCCAGCAGUUGUCACAAUCUUAUGGAGAAUUGGAGUGUUUCAGGUCCUACGAAAUGCUUCUUGACAUUCAAAAGCUCUUCAAGGAGCCUACUGGUGGUCUCUCUGGGCUGUCCAAGAAAAUUUUGGGAGCUGGUUUGAACAAGACAAGGAGGAACAGCAACUGGGAGCAAAGGCCUUUGAGCCAGUAUCAGAAAGAGUACGCGGCUCUUGACGCUGCUGUUCUCGUUCGUAUUUUCCAUCAUGUCGGCGGACAGCCCCAAUUUGGUGUUAAGGAGCAAGGGUGCAAAGUCGAAUGGAAAUCUCACAUUGUUUCACGCGUGAGUAGCACGAGGAGAGCUUGAUGCAUCUCAGAUGUUGUCUAACAAUUAAUUUGUAGGCCAAUCUUCUGUAUACAUUUGUUGCACAGCUUGCUAAUAUUCUCCAAUUUUCUAAGCCCUCGAAGACCAUGUCACUAGCUGUUGCCGUGGCUGGACGCAUCUGUAUAUAUCAUGUCUGUACAUACUAACUCGUAGGGAAAGUUCAAAUGGAAUUACACCUUUCAGUUAGUUGGUGAA